AUGGCUUCCCCUAGGCUCAAAACCCUUCACUUUGUUACUGGAAACGUGAAGAAGCUGGCCGAAGCUAAAGGGAUCUUAGGAGACAUAAUCGAGCUCACAAGUCAAGCUAUUGAUAUUCCAGAAAUUCAGGGCUCAUUGGAUGAAAUUGCGCGGGACAAAUGCCAGAAAGCAGCUGAUGCGGUUGGCGGCCCUGUCCUGGUCGAGGAUAGUGGACUUGGGUUCAAUGCCUUGGGUGGUUUACCAGGACCUUAUAUACGACAUUUCUAUGCAAGACUGGGAAACGAUGGUCUAUACAAUCUAUUGGCAGCAUACCCCGAUAAGUCUGCGAGAGCUGCCUGCACGUAUGCUUACUCUGCUGGGCCAGGCUCUGAGCCUCUUCUCUUCCAGGGAUAUACGGAGGGGGUGAUUGUGCCUAAGAGGGGCAGCGGUGGUUUUGCAUUUGACCCAAUCUUCGAGUACCAAGGCCAUACCUAUGCUGAAAUGAGUUUUGAAGAAAAGAACAGGGUAUCUGAAAGAUUCAGGGCAUUGGAGAAACUCAAGGCAUGGCUUAGAGGGGAUGAAUACCAAUCAGAGACUGGGAAAAACUAG